AAUGGUGACUAAUCCAAUUUGCAGUCUUAUUCUGGAUCUCUAGUUGCCGCUGAGUCCUUAAUCUCUGUGGAGAGUGAGAGAAAAAGAGAUGCACUCAGUCUUAAGCUUGCGUCUGUCUGUUGAUCCCUGUGGUAAUAGUUUCUUAUCUUUCUAUGAAUGAGCAUGGCGGGUAAACACAAGGUCCUCCUCAUCUAACACUUGCAAAACAAGGCAGUGUGAAUGUUGGGAUUUAAACAAAGAACCGGAGUGCGGCUAUUGACAGCUGACUGCAAGAUAGGGAAGAGCUGCGACUCAUGCUGUCGGUCUGACACUGUUGUUGUGUUCAGCUACUCCUGAUCCUCCUCCGUCCAUUCACUUAUUCCCGAGGCUUGCUGGUUGCCGGGGGUUACGCUUGUUGUCGAGCACAAUGUCGGAGCACAUGCAGCUUUCCCUUGCCUUGUGCAGGAUUGGGCUUUAUACGUGUUUUCGGGCACUGUGCUGUAAAGGACCCCCACCAUCUAGACCAGAAUAUGAUGUGGUGUGCAUUGGCCUGACAGGAGCUGGGAAGACCAGCCUGCUCUCGCGGCUCUGCGGUGAGAGCACUGACAACAUCGUUCCUACAACAGGUUUCAGCAUCAAGGCAGUGCCAUUUCCAAAUGCCAUCUUAAAUGUAAAAGAACUUGGAGGAGCUGACAACAUCAAGAAAUAUUGGAGUCGUUACUACCAAGGGUCACAGGGUGUAAUCUUCGUACUGGAUAGCGCAUCAUCAGACGAGGACCUUGAGGCAGCGCGGAAUGAGCUCCAUUCUGCUCUGCAGCACCCUCAACUCUGCACGCUGCCAUUCCUCAUCCUUGCCAAUCACCAGGACAAACCUGCAGCAAGAGCGCCAAAUCAGGCCAAGAGGAGAGCAACAACAGCCGUAACCCAAGCAUUUUGUUAAAGAAAGGAUGGGAUGAAUGUCGUUAUUACACCUUUUGUUCCUGUUGAACACUUUAUCUUCUGACUCAUGCCUUGUCACUGAAAGAACCUCAUGUUCAGUGAGUCAUGGAUGAUCUUUUCUUAUAUGAAAAAAAAAUAAAAAAUUGACAAACUGUAGAAGAUAUCAUUGUCUCCAGAUCGGUUUCUUCUCUUUGUUUAGUAACUUCAAUAAAGCAUAGUAGAAAACAAAGCAAGAACUUUUGUCAGUGUAAAAUGAUUUCAUAGUAGUGUGAAAAAGUAUCUCCUCUCCAUCCUUUUACUUUGCCUAUAGAUGACUAAAUAAAAGAUUAAGUAUUUAAAUUACUAUUUUCUUUAUUGAAGGAAGAUGUUCAAACAAAUGUUGCAUUUCUUGAAAUAUAAUUAACACAUUUUACCAAUUUUUUUUUUUUCCAUUUCACUCACCAAACCCAUGCCCGAAUACAGCCAGACUUGCAGAAUCAAGAAACUACCUAAGUAGGACUUGUCUGACAACAUGAAGUAGGCCAAAAGAUCAUAAAAACUGACAUCAAUGGUAGAUCUAAAGCAAAGUCGACUUGGGUUAUUUAGCAAGAUAGUAUUCCAAAGCAAGUCUAUCUCUAAAUGACUCUAAAAUGUAGCAAAAUCACAGUUUUGGAUUGACCUAGUCAAAGUCUGGACUUAUUGUAGUCAAGAUGUGGUAUAUGGCCUUAAAAAGUAAAUUUGUGCUUGUGAAUUGUCCAAUAUUGUUGAAUUAAAAUAAGUAUGCAAAGAAGGACGGGCCAAAUUCACCAAUUACUUUUUCAAAUGGCACCAGUAAUGUAUUAAAAAACUUUUUGCAAUUUUCUCUUUUAUGAACUUGCAUUUCCAUUUAUUCAGUUAAUCUGAAAUAUGCAAGUGUGAUAUCCAGGACAUACAGAGGCUUUUAAUUGCUAUUCCUCUAAUGGUUUACAACACUUUGAUCUUGUAAUUUAGGCCUAUACAUAUUCUUGCCUAAUCUGUUAAUUCAAUAAUUUUAUAACCUGUUGGACUUUGAUGAAAGACUAUUCUGCUUGCCUAAGUUGUGUAAACGCCUCUGUCCAGGUAACUGAAGAUCCCUUAAACUAAAAAAAAAAAAAAAAAAAAAAAACUGCAACCCACAGUUUCAUUUCUACACACAGAAUGGCGUUGUAAUAUGAACACUACUUAAAUUUUUAUAUGGUAUUGAAAAGUGAGUUGAAAUAUUUGGAGCCACUUUCUGUAUCACUGGAUUCCUGAAUGUCAUUUUCAUUGCAUUUUGGAAUCGGUUCACUGAUGAGGCUACAUGAAUGUGAUUUUUGUUGUUGCAAAUACUUCUUCCUUAUCGAGCUCUGCAGAUCAGUAGAACCAGCAGCUGCUUUGCAGGUUCUUGUUUCUUGUGAAUGUUUGACAAGCACCACCCAAGAAACAAGGUCACAUUUUAGCAGGUCUGAAUUCUUUUGGCAGCACUUUUGGCAAUGACGCGGUUCACAGAUGACUCAACCAUGCUGACCCUCCCCUCGUAAGCAACAACUCUGUUCAUAGAACAAGGCGGCUUAUUUCCCCAAGCAUGCACACAUGGUUGGUUUUCCUGGUGAAGUUUUCUGCAGAGCUUCUUGUUCACUUGGGGUGUUUCUGGCGCUCGUAUAGACCUGUUGCUUGGAGAGGGUGGCAGUAAGGUUGAUGGUAAUGGGUCUCACUGGGGCCCUGUGUGCUGGAGCAAGUGUUUUUUAGGAGCAGCGUUUGGUCUGGAGGAGGCAGAAGAAAACGUGGGACCAAAAUUCCUUGUUGACAUCAAUCUCCUGCCGUUGGGGGGCCCAAGGAAGCUGGGGAGGAAUAGAGGGGAGGUCACCCUGUUGAUAUAACACCUCAACAAAGCAGGUCUGUUUGUGUGGUGGGGGCCUAAUGGACUGCACGCAUGAGAGGCUCUUGUUUUAGAAAAUGCUAUCGGUGUCGUGAACAGAGUUAGAGGUCUUUUCGUUUCUGUUGGCAUUUGAGUUAUCUGAAGAAGAGAUAGAAGACAGAAUGAAAGUGAUGAUGCACGCCGUGAUGGGUGGAAAAACAAUGAACUGAGUCAUAUUGUUAAAUGUGGGAGUCAAAAUACAACAACCACACAGUACACUGAGGAAAAACGGUCAAGCUGUAACUUCUAAUCUUGAAAGCUACAAGAACAGCUUCAUUCCCAGACUGAAGACAGACACCAAAACAUUGAUUUAGAUGAUUUAAUGCACAUUUUAUUCCAUUUUCUACACUAUCAGUCUUUUACUCCCUCCCCCUCACACGCUCAUACACACACAGAAUGUAAGUCAGUCCAGUCCUUAACAAUCCAUUUAUGCUUCUUGUCAUUGUAAGAAAAGCAGUGCCUGGUAGAAAUUUCAGCACAUCUGUUUUGAGUGUACCAAAACUGAAUCUGAUGUUAUUUAUUCAUCAUGACGUGUGUCACUUCACACUGAUGAGCUUUGUUUUGCACAAAGGUGAUUAGUAGUUUUUGCAGAAUUAAGUCAGUUACAGUAACUUUGUGGUAAUCUAAUUGUUCUUUAAACAAUUGUUCCAGCUUUCUGCUUUAUUUUGUGUAAAAAUCAAAUACAUUUUUACCUUUUGUACUAACCACUUUUUUGGUCCUCUCAGUGGGAGGUUGGGCAGAAAUCUACAUUCAUGUAGGCGUGUGUUGGCACAUCACUGCUGGUAUCAUUUGUUUCAUAUUUGUUCUGUGCCUUCAGCUGAUCCUGUGAUUGAAUUUCCUGAUGGAGUAAAUAUUUUAUUUUGGCUGCUGCUGAAGUCUGUUGAAUGAAGUCAAAUCAAGUCAUGAGCACAUUCUACCAUUUGUUUU